AUGUCGACCUUCGUGCUGGAUCCGGUCUUUUAUGACAUCGAUUGGGAUAGACUCCCUCAGGUUGAAGACCAUGGAGGACUGCAUUUCUCGCAUACCCAGAAGAUAUAUGACUGGAUUGUGCAACUGGAGUUUGAACAGCAGGGGAACACCAGCUACGGAACUGGGUUUUAUAUCAACAUCCCUGGGACGAAAAUGCAUGUCAUUUUAACAGCAGCCCAUAAUUUGAUUAGCAAAGGCGGCCAGCUAUCGAAGAAUUUGCGAGUCCGUGGAAAGAACUCGUCAGAGUUCGCGCCAAAAGAUUCAAACAUUUUCAUUUCCCAAGCUUACCGGAGAGACCCAAAGGCCGGGAAGGCAGAGAACGACUAUGGAGCAAUCUUAGUACAGUCAAGCCAAAGUGGUCAGGCUCGAGGGUUUGGCUUUGCCCUGAAUCUCAGGGAUGAUAGACUGUGCAAUUCUAAAAUGCAGGUCGUCGGUUAUCUCGUAGAUUCGACUCUAGAGGAUCCAACUGAGAGCAGUGGACCAUGCGUCGUGUGCCAACCAAACGAGUUGAGAUAUGAUGUGUCGACUGAGAAGGGAUUAAGCGGAUCGCCGGUCUUCAUACCGUACAAGGGACAUGAGACCGUGGUUGCCAUUCACAACAAUGCCCCCCGUCCUCGCCAGAAGGGAAGCAGAGGUGCCCGGCUGAGUGAACCGACGCUCCGAGAGAUCUUCGGCUGGGCUCAGGUGGGAUACACGGACAAAGCCCUGCGAGUCCUGCAACUAAAGCCUGCGUUUGGGCAAGAUAUGUAUCUCCGUUUGGCACCCGAGGAGGAAUACGCUUGUGUGCGACUUGGCCGCGAUGGUCUGGACACGAGUUUCGAUAUCUUUCCCGCUUAUGCCCCCGCUUCGGCCGUGGAAAACCAUCCUCUGCAUGUCUUCCGCUUUCGCCCACCCGAGGAUUGGCCGCGAAUGAACAAUAAACAAUUGUGGGUGUUGUGGGAUAUCAUGCAGAAGGCGGUAAGUUUGACGACGACGUUGCAGGAUUACUGUUUUGUGCGAAUCGUCAACGCGAGUGAUAGGAAGGUCCAGAAGAAGAAUGGCGGCGAAGAAGGCGUGCACAUAGUUCUCGUCAACCCAAUGGGAGAUAUGGGCGAGUUGGUAGAGUUGCGAAUGGGAGACAGCAUGAUUAAAGCCGAGGAUAUCGAAAUGGGAGACGUAGAGACGCAUGAAGUUUCGUUUGAAAAACAUCGAAGAGGCAAGAAGGCAAAGUACAACAUAUUUUGCUUUGAAUAG